CUUGGAUUUUUCUUGUGAUCUGGAACCAACCUUCACCCUUUCCUUCCCUGAAAACCACCCCCAUACUCUCCCUUCUCUGAACACUGGUUCCCGAUGGGAUGGUAAUAGCUGGUGCUUGAUCUUUUUGGGCCUUAUUUUUCCCUUUCUUCCGACAAAGCAUGAGAGAUGUCAAGGUCCGAAUCGCCCUCGCUCCCUCUUCAUAAUGUCCAGACCGAUUCGAGGCCUCAAUCAACGACGCCUGCGGGUGUGCGCUCUACUAUCUCCCCCUCGACAUCCACCUCUACGUAUUCGCUUUUAGGCCCUCAAGAAACCGCAGAGCGAUUGCAGACCUCGCUCGUUCAUGGACUGACGCCGGCGGAGGCGGAGGUUCGGCUCGCACGCGAUGGACCUAACGAACUACCUCACGAAGACCCGGAACCUAUCUGGCUCCGUUUCUUGAAGCAAUUUCGCGAGACCCUGAUCCUGCUCCUCCUGGCCUCCGCGGGGAUAUCCUUUGUUAUGGGCAAUUACGAUGAUGCAAUCAGUAUCACCCUCGCCGUUACAAUUGUCGUCAGCGUCGGCUUUGUUCAGGAAUACCGGUCGGAAAAGUCUCUGGAAGCCUUGAACCGUCUCGUUCCACAUCAUGCGCAUUUGAUCCGCGACAUCCCCUCAAACGGUCCCCCCAUGGCAAACUCGGUCGCAGCAGUCACUGGAGAGAUCGAACUACAAGAGCUUCAGAGCAAAAGUCCGUCCAUCUCUAACGCUGUCAAAGCGUCAAGCACUGUUCCAGCAAAUGAGUUGGUGCCUGGUGAUCUGGUCUUAUUCACCGUUGGCGACCGCAUCCCGGCCGACAUUAGGAUCACCGCAGCCACGGAUUUAGCCAUCGAUGAAUCUAACCUGACGGGUGAGAAUGAACCAGUGGUCAAAUAUUCUGACGCGAUUCGCAGCUCGAAACCCCUUUCAUUGCAACCACCCCGAUCACCGUUCUAUGAUGCUCCCGCCAGCGGCGCGGUCGGAGCAGAUAUCCGUUUGAAUGAACAGCACAACAUCGCUUUUAUGGGAACUCUGGUGCGCUCCGGAUACGGCCAGGGUAUUGUCAUCGGAACCGGUGCUCAGACUGAGUUCGGUAGCAUUUCGGCCUCGCUGCAGGAGAUUGAGAGCCCACGGACCCCGAUGCAGCUGUCCAUGGACCGUCUCGGUCAGGAGUUGAGCUACAUAUCGUUUGGUGUCAUCGCACUUAUUGUUGUGAUCGGCUUGAUUCAAGGUCGGAAGCUACUCGAGAUGUUCACCAUUGGGGUUUCGCUCGCAGUUGCCGCGAUCCCAGAAGGCCUCCCGAUUAUUGUCACGGUGACCUUGGCUUUGGGGGUACUACGCAUGGCUAAAAGAGGGGCUAUCAUGCGAAGGCUGCCCAGUGUUGAGACCUUGGGCUCAGUCAAUGUUGUGUGCAGUGAUAAAACUGGCACACUGACUCUCAACCACAUGACUGUCACCAAAAUGUGGCACUUUGAUUGCUCGGAGCCAUUUGAGGUGCACAACGACAUUACUUCAUUGACUCCAGGACCCGCGGCUCGAACGGUGCUUCGCGUUGGCAACAUUGCCAAUAAUGCCAGAUUGUCACGUGUGCAUGCGAACUCGCCGGCUAGCGCAUCCUCUGCUGCCGUAUUGUCCUCGACUGAUGAUAGGGCUUCGGGGAGUGUUCGAAGCAGAUGGGUUGGGCAGCCGACUGACGUCGCUAUACUCGAUUUACUGGACAUAUUCGGAGAGGACGAUGUGCGCGAUCGAAUCAGCGCCCGCGUUGCUGAGACCCCUUUCAGUUCCGAGCGCAAGUGGAUGGGCGUGAUCAUCGGCAGCGGCACACCUGGCGAAUCAUCCUCACUUGCCGCUCCGGGGGGUACUAACAUGGCUUACAUCAAGGGUGCACUCGAGCAGGUUCUAGCGCGUUGUGAUACCUACCUGACUAAGGAUGGGCGGGAAGUGAUCCUGGAUGAACCUCGACGGCAGACUGUGCGGCAGGCGGCCGAGCAGAUGGCAUCGGAAGGGUUGAGGGUUUUAGGUUUUGCCAGCGGUUUAUCCAGGGACGGUGCCAAGGGAAGAACACUGGGCAGUCGAUCGGGUACGCCUAUGUCACGCACCAGUCAAGGCGACGACGAUGAGCGAUACAACGGGCUCGUCUUUGCCGGGUUGGUGGGCAUGAACGACCCCCCUCGCAAGGAUGUCCACAAAUCUAUUCGGCGAUUGAUGGCCGGAGGGGUGCGGAUAAUCAUGAUCACUGGAGAUGCCGAGACUACUGCAGUCGCCAUCGCUAGGAAAUUGGGUAUGCCGAUUAAUGAUGCGCCUGGGUCACGACCUGUCAUCAGUGGUGAGGAAAUUGAGCGGAUGAGCACAGGUGAACUGUCCCAGGCAAUUGCCUCUACGUCUAUCUUUGCCAGAACGAGUCCAGACCACAAGAUGAAACUGGUCCGUGCUCUGCAGGCCCGAGGAGAUGUAGUAGCCAUGACGGGUGAUGGUGUCAAUGAUGCACCGGCCCUGAAGAAGGCGGAUAUCGGGAUCUCUAUGGGCAAGCUGGGAACUGAUGUUGCCAAGGAGGCGGCGGAUAUGAUUUUGACAGACGACGACUUUUCAACCAUUCUCCGGGCAAUCGAGCAGGGUAAAGGCAUAUUUUAUAACAUCCAGAACUUCAUCACCUUCCAGCUCAGUACCAGUGUGGCUGCUCUCAGUCUUGUCCUGCUGAGCACGACUCUCGGCUUCAAGAACCCAUUGAAUGCGAUGCAGAUUCUCUGGAUCAAUAUCCUCAUGGAUGGUCCCCCGGCACAGUCUCUUGGCGUAGAGCCGGUGGAUCCUUCGAUCAUGAACCGUCCUCCGCGCCCGAGGUCGGCUCGUGUCUUGACGAGACCACUGAUUCAGCGGGUCCUUACCUCAGCCAUGGUCAUCAUGCUCGGCACCCUAACCAUCUAUGUGUACGAGAUGAGCGAUGUGGACGACGUGGGCCACCCUGGCAAGCGGGCGCGCAUGGUCACUGCCCACGACACGACGAUGACAUUCACGUGCUUCGUACUGUUUGACAUGUUCAACGCCCUGACCUGUCGCAGUGAGGGCAAGUCGGUCCUGCGAGGCGAGAUCUCGCUUUUCAGCAACAAGAUGUUCAAUUACGCCGUGCUGGGCUCCCUGGCCGGCCAGGCGUGCGUCAUCUACCUGCCCUUCUUGCAGCGGGUGUUCCAAACAGAGGCGCUGAACCUGGCGCAUCUUUUCAAGUUGGUUUGUAUCUCCAGCAGUGUAUUUUGGGUAGACGAGGCGCGAAAGUAUUAUAUGGCGUUGCAACGACGGAGAACCGUAGGGGUGGGAUACAGUUCCAAUGUCUGAUAGAUGCAUGGGAUGAAUGGGUGUCCGAGUCGGAUUUCUGGGUUAAUAAUACCACUAUAACUUACAUAUGUAUAGAACAAAG